UUCCCGUUACUGUUUGGUUGAGUGGUAGAAUUCCAAAGUAGUAUAAGUUUUUUUUUUUUCCUGUUACGGGUUGCUGUGAAUAUAUGUGUGCUUUCUGCCUUUGUUUUACUUUAUACUCCAUCUUGCAACUUGUCGUGGUUUUUUCGUAUUGUCAUUUAUCGGAUGUCUAGGUCAGCUUGCAUGCAGCUCAACUAAUUCAGGUCACUAAUUCGGGACGGGACCUGAAGUUAACGACCUGACAAAACUUCUAUAGGGACCAAGGUUUGUAACGUCCGGCCUUAGUAGAUUUGACCUUGUGAUUCUUGGGGGCAAGCCCUUUAGUUGUUGUGUCAUGCCACUUGCCCAAAUCCCUUGGGGUUAUGAUUUUGAGGUUGUUGCACGUUUUAGUCUUCAAAUUGAAGAUCGAAAAGAUGCCUUUGGAGGUAAUCUGUGGCUUAGAGAUGUUAGUUGGAUGGAUUGUGACUCAAAGUUGAUCCCUGUUUUCGAGAAUGAGGUUCAUAGAAGAAGCAGAAACCUCCAAAGAUAAGAUGUUUUAUCAUUGAUGUAUCUCUGUGUUAAUUACAAAAGAUGUCUGUGAGGUGAGGACUUCUUUUAUUUCUUCCUCAAAUGAGAGGUACACUUAUGGGGCUCAUACUGUGUCUAUGUAGUUGAGUUCAGUUAGGGGCGCGUAACUUAUUUUGGGUGGGUCCAUUGGAGGUGAUUUUGCGGCUGAAAGGAGAAUAUGUUGCUGUGGACAAAGCCAUACCAGAAUCCUGAUUGUCCUUGUUUAGAAAUCACGAAGAAAAGAUGGAGAAUCUGCUGGAGUCUAUACUGGUGUUUCGGAACUUACAAACAAAGCAAGAAAAUCAGCCACGCUGUCCUCAUUCCUGAGCCCGUAGUACCUGGAGCUUCAGCACCUGUUACUGACAAUCCAACCCACCCAAACACCAUACUAUUACCCUUCAUCGCUCCUCCCUCUUCUCCUGCAUCUUUUCUCCAAUCAGACCCUCCCUCCGCCACCCAAUCACCGGCCGGGACCCUAUCCCUCGCUUCCCUUUCCGUCCAUGCCUAUUCCCCAUCUGGUACCACCAACAUUUUCACCGUUGGCCCUUAUGCUCAUGAGACCCAACUAGUUUCCCCACCUGUCUUUUCUACCUUCAACACUGAACCAUCUACUGCUUCUUUCACUCCCCCUCCUGAACCAGUGCAACUCACAAGCCCUUCAUCGCCAGAAGUGCCGUUUGCUCAACUUUUGGCAUCAUCGUUGGGCCGAGCCAGAAGGAACAGUGGGCCAAAUCAGAAGUUCACUUUAUCCCAGUAUGAGUUCCAGCCUUAUUACUACCAAGGGAGUCCCAUUAGCAACCUCAUAUCACCUGGCUCAGUAGUUUCAAAUUCUGGCACCUCUUCGCCUUUUCCUGAUAAACCAUCUAUUGUUUUCCGGAUUGAGGAAGUGCCCAAGCUCCUUGCCUUCAAAAACUUUUAUACUCGUAAGUGGGGUUCAAGAUUAGGUUCUGGAUCAUUGACUCCAGAUGGCGUAGAACCAGUGUCUCGAGAUAGUUCCCUUAUAGAGAACCAAAUAUUUGAGGUGGCAUCAGCAGCCAACUCAAAGAGUGGAUCUCAAAAUGGCGAUGUUUUAAUUGAUUGCAGGGUUUCAUUUGAGUUGACUGGUGAAAAAAAUGUUUCAGAAUCUUUAUCACAUGUAGCUGGCAAAGGCAGUCUGGAGAAAACAGAGAAUUGUAGUGAAUAUAGUGUUGGGAAAGUUCUGAAUGGAAUGCCUAACGAGGUUUUAGGAGAAGGGGAUGAUGAUGAGGAGCAUUGUUCUCAAAAGUAUCGGUCCAUUUCUCUAGGGUCAAUCAAAGAGUUCAAUUUCGACAACACCAAGGGAGAAGUCUCGGAAAAACCAGCCGUACGCUCUGAGUGGUGGGCUAAUGAAAAGGUUGUCGGAGAGGAGUUUGGGCCUGAUGAUAACUGGACUUUCUUCCCGGUGUUGCAGUCAAGAGUUAACUGAUGGAAAAUUCAUCAGCUAGGCUGGACUUCCCUUCCGUUCUCAUCAAUGCAUGAGCUUCAAAGUGGAUUUACUGAAAUUGUCAUCCAGACAAAUCAAAGGUAUACUGAAAGCAAGGCGAUUUUGGAAUUUUUCAUAUUGUAGUAUUACACUAGCUUAUAGUGAAACGAAGCUUCACGGUUUAUGAUACCCUCAUCAUGCGGAGACGACAUAUAAUUGGGGAAUCAUUGGAUUGAGUUUGGUAUAUUUCUUUAUUUAUUUAUUUAUCCUCUUUUACUAUUUUUUUUGUCAUGGAGUAUGUGUCCGUAUGCUUCAACAAGUAUACAUGUAUUAUAAAGUCAUCACUUUGUGUGUAUGAAGAAAGAUAUCAGGACAUUUUGGACGUGUUAUCUACUCAGUACUUACCAUUGGAUUGCUUAA